CCCUGUGUCCUUUGAAUGGUACGGGCCGUUGCCUAGGUGCUAGUAGAAGCCAAUUCACCCCGCCACGCCUGGCUUCAGCAGUUAGCUUUCAUGUCGCCUUUACCUUUUGAAAGGGGAACUCGAGGACAAGAGACGUUCUCAUGGAUGAAUUGCAACAACAAUGGGAGUGAUGAAGUUUGAGGAUAUGCUGAUCUUUGCCACAUCAUUGCAAACUGAGUUGUGUUCUAUGGGAUAUCAUGUAGGCCAAAUUGUUGUUUAGGAUCAGUACUUUCACCAUUGAGGAAAAAGUUCAUCAUUCACAGAUGCAGCUUCAUCCAACCUAAUGUAUGACCAUGGAUCAUGACGAGGUGCUGACAGAGCUGGACCAGAUUUCUAUGCGACUUCAGGAGGAUGGUUUGCCUCCAGGGGCCAGUGUGGAGGAGCGGCAGCGCCACCUGUGGCAGCAGCUGCUCGCCAGGGAGGCAAAUCUUCAGUCAUCCACCCAGGAGCUGCAGACGUUACGUACCCAGCAGGCCAGUGAGAUGAAGGAGGUGGAGAACUAUGUUGCACAUAUUCGUGGCCUGCUGGAAGAGCGUGAGUUACUGACUUCAGACUAUGAGAGAGACAAUGAACACUUGCGACAAGAGCUUCACCAUAUCAGACAACAACAAGAGAGCCAGAGCAAGGAGCUGGCGGAGAUGUUGGCUCACGAGGACCUUGGGGAGAUAGGCUUGAGCAGCCCCAGUGAGCAGGUGGCUUACUUGCUGGUGGAGAGGGCCACACUACUGGAAAGGCUGGAGGCUGCUGAGAGGAGACUGGAAAGUCAGAGCCUCACUAGCAACUUAAGGGAAGUCCAACACAAGGAGCAUAUUCGCUACACGAUGGGGGAGGAGCUAAGGCAGCAGACAGAGGAUAUGCAAAAAACCAUAGAUAACGUGACAAAGCAGUGUUCAUCCCAGAGUCCAUGGAAGAAGCUGUUUGGGCUGCGCAGGUCUGGUCAGAGCAAACACAAUAUUACCCCUGCCCACAGUGAGCAGAUUUCCCAGGAGCAAAAUGAGCGCCAGCGACUAGAGCGGGACCUCGAAGAGGCGUCUAGAAGGCUGGCAAUGGCUCAUCAGGACAUCCGCAGACUCACCAAUGAGCUGGAUGCUGCCAAGCACAACAACCUAGACCUAAGUGGAUCUGAGCUUCAGGGAACGGCCCAGGAGGUAGAGAACCUGAGGAAGGAAGUGGAGAAACUGAAACACUGUGAUAUGAUGAAGCUGCAGCGAGCCAAAGAGCAAAAUGACAGACUAGAUGUGGAGAACAGAGCUCUGAGAGAGAGAGUCCGCACUUUAGAGUCUGAGAAGAAAAAUCUCCUGGACCAGUCGGCAAUAAAUGAUGCAGACCAAGAUGUAACCAAAGAGGAUCGAAAGGACAAGAGCAUUAGCAGUGAACCACAAAACAAUCUGUCUGGCUCGUCAACUCAAGAAAAGGAUCACAUUCACAAACGGUGUCAUGAGGUGUUGGAAGACAGGGUUGUACAGAUGAGGGAGUUGCAACGGCAACUCCAGAGGCUGCGCAAGGAACAGGAAGAGCUGGAGGAGAGGAAUGAGGAGCUGGAGGCACUGCUAGGGGAGGCCCAGAACGCCAGCAAGGGGGAGAGGCAUCGCCACGAGGGUGAACUGGAGGGACUGCACAGGAGGAUCAAAGGCCUGGAGGCAGAGCUAAAGAAGCAGGAUGUCCAAGAAAAAAUGCUGAAGAACGGAGAAGAGGUCAAAGCCACCGAGUCCUACUUACAGCUGCACCUAAGGGACAGCAGCCAGGAGAGGUUGGCUCUGCUAGAGGCUCGUCUGACUGAGGAGAAGGACUGGAGGAAACAGCUGGAGGUAGACCUCAGUGCUGCCCAGGCCGCCCUCAAAAAAGACAAGGAGGCUUUACAGAUCGGUGAGCGAGAGCUGAAGAAGCUGAGACUUGAGGUCAACAGCCUUCAGACAGAAUGCCAACAAGGAAAAACGCUCAUCAAGAGCCUCACCCAAGUCAAGGGGGAAAAAGCAGUUCUGGAGGAAAAGGUGGCUCAGAUGGAGCGAGCCCACAGCCGGCUCCAAAGUGAGCUGGAACACCACAAGGACAGUAACCGGACCCAGGAAGUCAAGAGGGAAAACAGGCUUCAGGUUGACCAGCUGCAAGAGCAGGCUGACCGGCUAACUGCUGAACUUGGCAACCUCCAGACAGCACACAACACUUUGAGGGAGGAGAUGGUUUCUGAGCGGCUGCAGACUGCCGAGCUCCAGGCCAAGCUGAGCUGCAGUGUUCAAGAGAAGCUGACAGCUGAGGGGGAAAGAGAGAGACUGGAGCUUGAGAUACAGCGCCUCAAAGAGCAGCUCAAGUGGCAUCAAGAGCAGCUCUCCUCAACAAAGGAAGCACUUACUGACAGCCAGAAGCCUGAAUUGCACACAACUCAUGGAGAAUCUAGGCUUAGUCCAGUGGACUGGACCAAGGAUGAGGGCUUGGAUCAGCGUUUAUGUGUGAAGCAGGAGCUGAAUCAUCUGCAGACAAAGCUGGAGGAGGAGCGGCAGCUGUCUUCUCAGCACCAACUGGCCCUGCAGGCUCAGGUCAACGAAGCUCAGGCACGCAUCAAGUUCCAGGACUCGGUGCUAUGCCAGAAGACAGAGGAGGAUAAACAGAUGAAGCAGGACCUGCAGAGGGCCCAGAGCCUGUUCACCUCAGCAGAGAGAGAGCUGCGCUACGAAAAGGAGAAAAACAUGGACCUGAAGAGACACAACACCCUGCUGGACCAGGAAAAACUCAAGCUUUGUGCAGAGCUGAAGCAGGUCCAGACCAAGCUGGUCCAGGUAGAGCAGAGCGUUCACACUCAGGUGGCCGAGUGUGAACGUCAGCAGCAGAAAAUCAGGGAACUGGAGUUGGAACUGGCACGCAACUCCACAAACCGAAGCGCUACCACCAGUCUGCAGGAGGACCUGCAGGCUGAGAGGGCGAGGCUCAUUGCUGCUGACAAGAAGGUGUUGGAGCUGCAGCAGCAGCUAAAGACUGCCCAGCACCAGUUGCGCGUGGAGGAAGCCCGGGCUGGCGAGAGCAGCCGCCUAGAGAGAGACAGCAGGGAUCUGUCUGACAGCUUAUCAGCCCUCAGAGCCCAGCAGCAGGAGGAGCACAUCACCAGGAAGUUACUAGAGCAGCGCGAGGAGGAGCUGCAGCAGCAGAUGCGCUCCCUGAGGCUGAAGGAGUCCUCCAUGACCAGGACAAAUUCCGAGCUCUGCCACCGUAUCCAGCAGCUGGACACCCGUCUGGCAAUCCUGGAGGCUGAGCUUAGCAAGGCCCGAGAGGAGGCGAGAGACAGCCAAAAGUCAAGCCACAGACUGCAGGAGGACUUGAUGGCCAGUCAGCAGGAGUGUGACAGACUGCAGGUGGAGCUGCAGCAAGUUCUCCUCCAAAUGGACACACACGUCAGGAAGUACAACGAAAAGCAGAGUCAGCACAAGACCAAGCUGCGUCAGGCCAAGCACGUCUUUAUCAAGGAGACUGCACAGAGGGACCGCAUCAUCCAGAAACUGGAGAAUGACCUGGCGCUGGCCACUAGCCUCUCACACAAGGAGAAGGAGAGGAUCCACACAGUGACCGAGGAAAAUGAGAAGCUUUUGGAGGAGAAGAGGGAACUGUUGCGGAAGAUCAGUGAGGCAGAGGAAAUGGGCAGCAAAGGCAUGAGGACUGCCUCCACUGUUCAACACAGGGUCAAUGUCUUAGAAGUGGAAAACCGACAACUUCAGGAUCGAACCCUGAAGCUCUCCAACCAAGUCAGUUCCUUAGAGCGUGCCCUGAGGAACGUCCAAUCAUUCUACAGCCUGGAGAAUGCCAAGAAAGUGCUCCCCUCUGAAAGUCUCUGUGAUGGCUUCCUACAUACAUCAACGCUAAGUUUGACAUCAGGUUCGUGUGACCCACUGGACAUUCUGGACGCAAUCUGCCGUGUAAAGGUUGGCGGCACUCAAGGGUCUGUCUCCACACACCAACCAUCAGAGCAGGGCUACCUGAAUCUCACCUCCCCAUUGGUUCCUCCAGACACUAAAGGCACAGAGGGGAGCUCUAAUAACAGUGAGCAGGUAUGAGACGUGGUAGGUUUUGGCGGUUAACGUAUUGUGUAGUACUAUAGCAUCCGCCACUUCCACUGGAGACAAAAGUCAGAAUAAAGGAGUGAAAAAAUAUGUUGAAUAAUAAUCUUUGUCAAAAGGAAGAAAUAACGAAAGGGAGCUUCCACUGCAGUUCUCCUCAGGGUAAUAUCUAUUUUGUAUUGCAAAGCAGAUUCUUGGUUGGUUUGCGAGAACGAUUUUUUGAUCCAGAUUCAGCGUGACAAUUUGGGGGAUUUGUACAAAAAAAAGUGUCAAUCAAAUAUUUUUUUUUAUUGACAAAUGUUAAAGCAAUCAGCAUGUAAUGGGAGAUUUGAUUUGGAAACUUAACCUUGUUUGUAUGCACAAAUGUGUGCAUAUACCUGGGAGGUUGCUCAGUUGUUUGCAUCGGUAUGCCAAAGCAAAUCAGAAUGCUUGGAAAUCUUGUGUUGGCUUACUGUAAAAAAAAAAUUCUUCUUUUUUUUAAUGUAAUGGUAAAAUAUAAGACUAUACUUCACACUAGCGCUAUGAAUGUCAAAAAUACAUUUAAUGAGGAAGAUUUGAGUGAGACUAGUUUAAACUAAGCACUUUUUCACAAAUUUUACUUGUGUUUACAUUUUGAUAAAAUGUAGCAGUGGAAUAUAACAGUAUAUCAAUGGUCAUUUUCCUCUAGUUAAAUUUAAUACUGGCAGUUUUUUCAAUGAAAAAAGGCCUAAGUUUACAAAAUGGUACUUUACAUAUAACACUGAUAAUAUUGUGGACCCACUUUAUGUCUUAUAAGACUGUGGUAAACAAAGUCAAAAUAUUGGGGUCCUUUCCAACAUCUGUCACUCCUAUUGCUUGUCAGCUAUUAGUUACGCCAGUAUUUACAAUGUGCAGCUUUGCUUGUAGUAUCAAAAAACAGCCAACAUGUCAGAAAAAUCCUCAGAAUUCCAGGAGCCUUUCUGGUCUAUUUCAAUCACAAGCUGUUUAUUUUAUUUAAAGGUUUUUACAUUGGUCAACUCAAUGGUUUCCUGCAGGGGCACUCAAUCAGAAAGUACUUGUACAAAGAGAUGUGUGGGACAUGGAGAGAAAAAUGCACAUGAAAUAGUAUUAUUUUUUUUUUUGUGUCAACAGAAUUGUACACAGUGGAAACCAUUGUCUAUUUUGUCUUUCAUGUGCCUGAAAUGAUGAAGUGUUUAACUUCAUCUUGCUGCUGUGUGAACACGUCGAUUAACAAAAGCCUAUUUGCGACACACAUGAGAUAAACUGAGAUAUAAUUGACAAGAAACUGACUUUUUGUAUCUGUGUAAAUAUACAUUUUUUAAACUUAAAACUAUUUUC